GCAGGACCAUAGCCCCUUCCUCACCUCCCCUCUACACUAGGCGUCAGUCGCCGUGUGUUUGCGUCAUCGCGCCACGCCACCACCAGAGCCUGUAUGAAGAUGGCGGCAGCCGUUCUUAGCGGGCCCUCUGGUGGCCCCGCGGCUGGGGUUCCUGGCGGAACCGGGGGUCUCUCGGCGAUGGGCUCAGGUCCACGUCUCCGUCUGCUGCUUCUGGAGAGCGUGUCCGGGCUGCUACAACCGCGAACAGGGUCCACUGUUCCUUCCGUACAUCCCCCAGUCCGCUCGGUCCCACAUUUACCCGGUCUCGUGUGCUUGUUGCAGCUGCAUGGGACGGUGGGCGGGGCCCAGAACCUUUCAGCACUUGGGGCAUUGGUGGGUCUCUGCAAUACACGUCUUGGUUCUAUCAAAACUCGGUUUGAGGGCUUGUGUCUGCUGUCCCUGCUAGUGGGGGAGAGCCCCACAGAGAUUUUCCAGCAGCACUGUGUCUCUUGGCUCCGGAGCAUUCAGCAGGUCUUACAGUCCCAGGAUCCAGCCCCCACAAUGGAGUUGGCAGUGGCGAUUCUGAAGGACCUGCUCCGAUAUGCAGCCCAGCUUCCUGUGCUCUUCCGCGACAUCUCCAUGAACCACCUCCCUGGCCUUCUCACUUCGCUACUGGGUCUCAGACCAGAGUGUGAACUUUCAGCACUGGAGGGAAUGAAAGCUUGUAUGCUCUAUUUUCCUCGGGCUUGUGGUUCUCUCAAAGGCAAGCUGACCUCCUUUUUCUUGUCUCGAGUGGAUUCCUUGAGUCCUCAUCUCCAGCAGUUGGCCUGCGAGUGUUACUCCAGGCUGCCUUCCUUAGGAGCUGGCUUUUCCCAUGGUCUGAAGCACACAGAGAGCUGGGAGCAGGAGCUGCAGUGCCUGAUGGCCUCACUUCACAGCCUGCUGGGCACCCUGUACGAGGGAGCGGAGACAGCUCCUGCGCAGUAUGAAGGGCCUGGAGUAGAGACGCUGCUGCCCCCCUCAGAAGAUGGUGAUGCCCAUGCGCUCCUCCGACUUCGGCAGAGGUUUUCUGGACUGGCCCGCUGCCUGGGCCUCAUGCUCAGCUCUGAAUUUGGAGCUCCUGUGUCCGUCCCUGUGCAGGAAAUCCUGGAUCUCAUUUGCCGGACCCUCAGCAUUAAUGGCAAGAAUAUUAGCUUGCUGGGAGAUGGUCCACUGCGGUUACUGCUGUUGCCCUCAAUCCACCUUGAAGCCUUGGACCUGCUCUCUGCCCUCAUCCUUGCGUGUGGCAGUCGGCUCUUGCGCUUUGGGGGCUUGAUCAUCCGCCUGCUCCCCCAGGUCCUCAAUUCCUGGAGCAUGGGUAGGGAUAUUCUCGCUGCAGGCCAGGAAAGACCUUACAGCACUGUACGGGCCAAAGUUUAUGCUGUCCUGGAGCUGUGGGUGAAGGUGUGUGGACCCUCAGCAGGAAUGCUCCAGGGAGGAGCCUCGGCAGAGGCUCUGCUCACCCACCUGCUUACUGACAUCUUUCCCCCAGCCGAUACCCUCAAGCUGCGCAGCCCCCGAGGGAGUCCUGAUGGGGGUUUGCAAACUGGAAAGCCUAGCGCCCCCAAGAAGCUAAAGCUGGAUGUCGGGGAGGCAGUAGCCCCGCCUUGCCAUCGGAAAGGGGAUAACAAUGCCAACAGUGAUGUUUGUGCAGCUGCACUGAGAGGCCUCAACUGGACCAUCCUUAUGUGUGGGCCUCUCAUCAAGGAGGAAACUCACAGGAGACUGCAUGAUCUGGUCCUGCCCUUGGUCAUGGGUGUCCAGCAAGGUGAAGUCCUAGGCAGUUCUCCAUAUACCAGCCCCCACUGCCGCCGAGAACUCUACCGUCUGUUGCUGGCACUGCUGUUGGCUCCUUCUCCUCGAUGCCCACCUCCUAUGGCUUGUGCCUUGCAAGCUUUUUCCCUUGGCCAGCGAGAAGACAGCCUUGAGGUCUCCUCUUUCUGCUCAGAAGCAAUGGUGACUUGUGUGGCUCUGACCCACCCCCGGGUUCCUCCCCUGCAGUCCAUGAGCCCCACCUGCCCCACACCUGCCCCAGUCCCCCCUCCUGAGGCCCCAUCUCCAUUCAGGGCCCCACCCUUCCAUCCCGCGGGCACCAUGCCCUCCCUAGGCCCCAUGCCCUCAGCAGGCCCCAUGCCCACAGAAUGCCCAAUGCCUUCAGCACGCCCUGGACCUCCAGCCACAGCCAACCACCUAGGCCUGUCUGUCCCAGGCCUGGUGCCUCUACCCCCUCGGCUCUUGCCUGGCCCUGAGAACCACCGGGCAAGCUCCAAUGAAGACCCAGUCCUUGCUCCUAGUGGUAGUCCUCCUCCUAUAGCCCCUGAUGAGACCUUUGGUGGGCGAGUCCCCAGACCAGCUUUUGUUCACUAUGAUAAGGAGGAGGCAUCUGAUGUAGAGAUUUCCUUAGAGAGCGACUCUGACGACAGCGUGGUGAUUGUGCCUGAGGGGCUGCUGCCUCUGCCACCCCUUCCCCCCUCGGGCACCACACCUCCCCCCGUGGCCCCAGUUGGGCCACCAACAGCUUCCCCACCUGUGCCAGCCAAGGAGGAGCCAGAAGAGCUUCCUUCAGCCCCAGGGCCCCUCCCACCACCACCACCCCUUCCUGUUCCUGGUCCAGUGACACUCCCUCCACCUCAGUUGGUCCCAGAAGGGACUCCUGGUGGAGGAGGACCCCCAACCCUAGAAGAAGAUUUGACAGUCAUUAAUAUCAACAGCAGUGAUGAGGAGGAGGAGGAGGAAGAGGAAGAAGAAGAAGAAGAGGAGGAGGAAGAGGAGGAGGAAGAAGAUUUUGAAGAAGAAGAAGAGGAAGAAGAGUAUUUUGAAGAAGAAGAAGAAGAGGAAGAAGAGUUUGAAGAAGAAUUUGAGGAGGAGGAAGGUGAAUUAGAGGAAGAAGAAGAGGAGGAGGAUGAAGAGGAGGAAGAAGAAUUGGAAGAGGUAGAGGAAGUGGAGUUUGGCUCAGCAGGAGGGGAGGUGGAAGAAGGUGGGCCUCCACCUCCGACCUUGCCUCCAGCACUGCCCCCCUCCGAGUCCCCCAAGGCACAGCCCGAGCCAGAACCAGAGCCUGGGCUGUUGUUGGAAGUGGAAGAGCCUGGGGCAGAGGAGGAGCCUGGGGCUGAGAUGGCCCCCACACUGGCCCCCGAGGUACUCCCCUCCCAGCGGGAGGUGGAAAGGGAGGAGGGAAGCCCCCCGGCGGCAGAGCCUCCUCCACAGGAGCUUAUUGAAGAAGAGCCCUCUGCCCCCACAACCCUGCUGGAAGAGGGUACUGAGGAUGGGGGUGACAAGGGACCACCCCCACCAGAGACAUCUGCUGAAGAGGAGAUGGAGACUGAGGCAGAGACAGCAGUUCUCCAGGAAAAGGAGCAGGAUGACACAGCCGCCAUGCUGGCCGACUUCAUUGAUUGUCCUCCUGAUGAUGAGAAGCCACCACCUGCCACACAGCCUGAUUCUUAGCCCUCUCCUGCACCCUUCCGCGUUUCCAAUAAAGUUCUGACCUUAGAUA